UGUAAUUGCAUCUUAGACCGCCUCUUAUGAUAAAUUUCGCCUCAGUGGUCGAAGACAAGUGAAAUAACUUAUCGGUUUUGCGGUGGAUUAGACAGAGAGAAAAAAUGACGUAGAGGUCAUAAAACAUGGAAAUUGGUAGGUGACGUCGUGCUUGUCGAGCGUAGCUCAAGAUGUCACUAACUGUCACUCGUCGUUCAUUUGUCAUUACGUAAUCCUACGUCAUUUUCUGUCAAUUUACUAAUGGAUUUUUUGUUAUGAGUUUAAGGUUAUGGUGCAUGCAAUAGAAGGGCUAUGUGGGGUGUGUGUGAGUACAAUUCGUAACCCCGAGGCGACCGAUAAUGGAAAACUCACUGGAAGAUGGUAAAUGCAAUAAAGACCAUAUCAAAGAUCUAGGUACGUCUCAAACAAGUCUAAAAAGUACAAAAAGUUUAGAUAAAAGCAGUGCUAGUGGUGGCUCGUUUAAAAAUGAAAAAAUUCAUUUCAAAGAAGAAAAUCAUGAACAUGACAAUCAAAAAGUUAAUACCGAUGCUUCGUUAAAAGUGCCUCAUAAAUUUAUAGCAAACUGGAGACAGGCAUGUGACAGGACGAAAGAUAAAACGAAAGAUUUAUUGAAAAGAUGGAGAACUUUGCCUGAAAUCGAAACAGACAAUGCGAAGAAAACCGAAGAAAGUGGUGAGAAGGAAGGGCAAAUUGAGAGCUGUGGAUGGAGCGUCCAUGUUUGGACGACCUGGGUGGACAGGUUUAGUAUAGACUCAGAAGCAGACCACAGGGAAGAUUGCCAGUUAACACCAACCCAGAACAAUAAAUUUUCUCACUUUUUUUCUUGCUUACUUGACCACGACCAAGAUAACUUAAUAAGUGAACAGGAUUUUGAGACCCUAAUAGAGCGAUUGCGACAUUUUGCUGACUGGUCGAUAAAUUCUCCGGAAUUUAAUAUUCUGCGGGAGGUGGAGCGUGGUUUCAUAGAAACUUUUUUAUGUGACAUAUCUGAUGAGAAAUUGGGUUUCACUCUUAAUGGAGAAGUAUACUUGACAAAAGAUGGUUGGCUUUAUAAAUGGUCACAAUUAAUUUUUGGUUCGAGAAACUUAUGCGACUUCCCGAUUUGGUUGCAAUUCUUUGUAAAAGUUCUGUUCCAAGUUAUUAACCGCUGCGGUUCGGGGAUUAUAACCAGAGACGAGUUAAGCGCGUUUUAUUCGUCCGUUUUGGGAUUGGAUACCGUGAAAGUGGGGGAAAUUCUGGACAUCGCAUAUCAAGCAAUGACCUCUAAUGGCGACCAUCCGUUGAUGUUCAAAGCGUAUCGAUUAUGCUUUGCCAAUUAUUUGUUGGGAAGAUACCCCAAUGGACCAGGACAAUAUAUUUUAGGUGCUCCACCAAGUGCAUUGUCGUCAGCAAUGUUUCCCGUCGAUUACUCUGCACUUAACACACAACCUGAAGACUUGGAGCAAUACGCACCUGAUCAAAAAACAAACAGACGUAGUGUUAUUGUAUGAUUAUUAAAAUUUUGAUAGAUUAAUAUUGCAAUUAGUAAUGCCACAGUGCACACUAGUCAUUUUACAUUUUUACAAUUUAUCGUUAUCGUAUUCUAGUGCUCUCUCUAAUUAGUUGUUUAUUGGUGCUUCUUGUACAAACUUAAAAUUGUGAUUUUGUAAAAUGAUCAAAUAAGAAUUAGCAUUUUUACACAAGUGCACCUUCCCAAAAUAAAAUUCUAAAAUCUAUGUGAUAUUUAAAAAUUAUAAUUAAUAACAAUAGAACCGCAUUUGUUAUACAGAUGUCCUAGAAUGUGGUACAACACGUUUCAGGGAUUCAUCUAGUUGAUUAAUAACCAUAUCAUUUUAUAAACGAACUUCGUAUAGUUCACGUUGUUCUCUUUAAUGGUAGUGUUCAUAAUUGUUAUUACUGUUCAAGUAUACGUAGAACAUUUCGUAUUCAUUCUAGGACCGCGUGUAACUUUUAUUCUGUUGCAUAUUCAGCGUCACAUUUGUUUCCUAUAACGGACUACGAUUCUCUAAGGCUAUAAUCAAAUUUGUUAUUACCAAUUUUGUAAAUUUUAUAAAAAAGUCAAUAUUUUUCUUCGAAUUUAAUUGCUCUAACUUUGUUUACUUAGCGUAAAGAGUGCGCAUAUCAUGUAAAAAGAUUAAGGGCACAACAACAAUGUCGUGACAGAAAAUGCACUUAGGAUCAUGUGUUUAUUAAUAAAUAUUAUUAAAAUUAGUUCAUUCUUAUUUAUUUGUAGUUGUUACAUUGUUAUCUAAAUGGUAGGAAAGACAUGUUUUAAGCAUUGCAAUAAACACUGGAUUUAAGAUUUUCAAA